GAAAAACAAACAGCGAUUGGGCCUCGUUAUCCUGCUCUGGCGCUCACCGUUGCAAUGGUGUACCGCUUUUUGCCUCUGCGACCAUCGAUUAGUUUGGCUUUUCUACUCGCUCAGACACAGCGAAAAGUUUGAAUUUGCUGCCUUCAGCUCAAAUGCAUUAUCUCCGGCUCCUCCAAUCUACCAAAACAUGCAGGCCGUAUAAUUAUGAAGCACCUAAAAAUAAACUGGCUUGACUUCUAAGGAAGUUUAACAGAUGCUGAAAGCAUAUUGUUUCCCUUUGUCUUCUCUGCAAUGACAUGAGUAGCUUAAGAAGGUGUGAGAGAUUCUGUGAUUGUUCUGGCAUCCGUUUCAGGAAAUUAUCAGUUAUUUCUGAGGCCAAACUAGAACUCUUAGAGCUGAAAAAAGUUGUUCACAUUCGCACGGAUGCUGAUGCUUCUCGUAUAUCAAAUUUGCACUAUCUUUUGCAGUUAUAUGCAAAAACAAGAUCAUCCAUGGGAGGAAAGGCAUGCCAUGCUCAGACUAUUCGUGUUGGCUUUGAAAUGGACAUAUCAACAUCAAAUAUGCUGAUCAACAUGUACUCUAAAUGUGCUUUAGUUGACUAUGCUCGCAGAAAAUUCAAUGAAAUGCCAGUGAAAAGCUUAGUUUCAUGGAGCACGAUGAUUGGAGCACUUACCCAAAAUGCAGAGGAGCAGGAAGCUCUCACACUUUUCAUUCAAAUGCAAAGAGAGGGAACCCCAUUCAAUGAGUUUACCAUUUCUAGUGUUCUAUGUGCGUGUGCGUUCAAUUGUGCAAUACUUGAGUGCAUGCAAUUGCAUGCCUUUUCGAUUAAGGCUUCCAUAGAUUCAAAUUGUUUUGUUGGAACUGCUUUACUCGAUAUCUAUGCUAAGUGCUCUUCAAUAAAAGAUGCGAUUCGGAUAUUUGAGAGUAUGCCAGAAAAGAGUGCAGUAACAUGGAGUUCAAUGGUUGCAGGAUUUGUGCAAAACGGGUUUCAUGAGGAGGCCUUGCUGCUGUUUCACAAUGCUCAGUUGGUGGGUAUUGAGCAGGACCCAUUUAUGAUAUCAUCUGCUGUUAGUGCUUGUGCUGGUCAGGCAACUUUGAUCGAAGGGAAGCAAGUGCAUUCCAUGUCAUGUAAGUCUGGAUUCGGUUCAAACAUAUAUGUUGCUUCCUCCCUUAUAGACAUGUAUGCAAAAUGUGGCUGCAUAAGCGAAGCUUACCUUGUAUUCCAAGGUGUGGAGGUGAGAAGCAUUGUUUUAUGGAAUGGAAUGAUUUCUGGGUUUGCUAGACAUGCUCGUGCACUAGAGGCUAUGAUCUUAUUUGAAAAAAUGCAGCAGAGAGGCUUCUUUCCUAAUGAUGUAACAUAUGUAUCUGUACUAAAUGCAUGUAGUCAUAUGGGUUUGCAUGAAGAAGGACAGAAGUAUUUUGACCUCAUGGUCAGACAGCACAAUCUUUCACCCGGUGUCCUUCACUAUGCAUGUAUGAUUGAUAUUCUUGGUCGAGCAGGACUUGUUCACAAGGCUUAUGACUUGAUAGAGGGAAUGCCAUUUGAUGCUACUAUUUCUAUGUGGGGUUCACUGUUAGCCUCUUGUAGAAUUCAUGACAAUAUUGAGUUUGCUGAGAUUGCAGCCAAGCAUCUGUUUGAACUGGAACCAAACAAUGCAGGAAACCACGUAUUGUUAGCAAAUAUAUAUGCAGCAAAUAAAAAGUGGGAAGAAGUUGCAAGAGCAAGGAAGCUUCUCAGAGAGAGUGAACUGAGGAAGGAGAGGGGUACAAGUUGGAUUGAAAUUAAGAAUAAGAUUCACUCAUUUACUGUUGGAGAGAGAAAUCAUCCACAAAUCAAAAGGAUAUAUGCUAAGUUGGAUAAUUUGGUGGAAGAGUUGAAGAAACUGAAUUACAAGGUUGAUAUCAAUCAUGACCUGCACGAUGUGGAAGAGAGCAGAAAACAGAUGCUUUUGAGGCACCACAGUGAGAAACUUGCUAUUACCUUUGGAUUGAUGUGUUUGCCUAGUGAUAUACCAAUAAGGAUUAUGAAAAACCUCAGAAUUUGUGGUGAUUGCCACAAUUUUAUGAAAAUUGUGUCUAAUUAUACAAGCAGGGAGAUUAUUGUUCGAGAUACAAAUCGUUUUCACCACUUUAAGGAUGGCUUCUGUUCUUGUGGAGACUUUUGGUGAACUUCUAAUACAUGUUACUUUUUAUUUACUCCGACUAACGUGAGUUUCCCUUUGUUUCCUGCUUGCUUAAACCAUCUUCAAGUGAGUUUUAGGGAAAGCUUUGGUGAUAAAUAUGACUCAGUAAUCAUUCAUCCAUUUGUUUUAUACGACAUAGGAACCUUUCUCUGAUGCUAAUGGCUGGUUUCAGUCUGUUGUAAAGUACGAAGGGAGAAGUCGGAGUCAGCUUUGGAUAUGAAGGAGGGGAUUUAAGGGAACAGCCGAAGUUAACAGUUAUCUUGUGGCCUCCAAUCUAUGUGUAGUCUAUGGUUGCAAUUGCAAAGGUUCCAAAAUUAGUUAUCUUGUAUUGUUGAGCUUAGCAUGGGUCUGAAUCUCAUUGUACGGGAAUGAAUUUUCAGACUUAUUUAUACCUUGGUUUGAGUUAAAAGAGGGAAAUACUGAGUAGUUUGAUGAACAUCAGUAAUACUACUAGUAAAUACAUUUGACGAAAUAUGUUGCAAAGAUUUCUAAUAAGAAUGAUACCCCGAGUUCUUGUCUGAUAUUAUUUAGAAGACGCUACGGCCUCAGCUGCCUAACCUCUAAAAUUUACGUGAUGUAAAGGUGAAGAACUCUUUGGAUCUAUUAUUACAC